UAUCUUGCACAUGUCGAAUAUUUGACAAACCAGCCAAAGGUUUCAAGUUUGAUAUUGCUAGGUGAACAAAAAACAUUUGUUCAAAUUCAAGUUCUUUUAUUCUUACCAUAUUCAUAAUACCAAGAUUUUGACAAUGGAGUUCUUGCUGAGACAAUUCCAAACCAAGAAUUUCCUUUCCAUUUGCAAAUGCCUUGAACCUGCAUAUAGUCAUGCCACUUCUUGGACAUCAAGCAAUGGAAUUUUGGGUAAAACUUUGUUCCACACCUCAAACACAGUCACAAUGCCAUACACCCCACCAAACGGGCCCAGAAAAUGGCCAAUCUAUAACAAAAAAAUUUUCGCUCCACAGCUUCCUGGGGAGGAAAGAAGACCAGCUUAUGUCUGUCAUAUGAGAACAAACAUCAAGUACAGCCCUUUUAAGAUGUGGUAUGUUGCAUCAAUGAUACGAGGAAUGUCUAUUGAUGAAGCCAUCAAGCAGCUGACAUUUGUAAAUAAGCAAGGAGCUGUCCAUGUGAAAGAAGUCUUGCUGGAGGCCCAGAAGUUGGCUGUGGAGCAACACAAUGUGGAGUUUAAAAGCAAUUUAUGGGUAGCAGAGUCAUUUGCCACUAAGGGACUAGUGAUGAAAGGUGUGCGGAGACAUGCCAAAGGAAGAAUUGGAUUGGUGCAUUACUUCCAUACCCACUACUUUGUUCGACUUGAAGAAGGUAGUCCACCUGAACAUUUCUUCUUUAAGACUGCACCUAAGACAACAAAAACAAUGCUGUCUGAAUGGGUUGAUGAAAUGAGACAGAGGAGAAUCCCUGGAUCACUGUAAUUCUUUGAGUGGUGGUUUUAUAGUUCAAUACAUAAAGAUAUGCAUACAUUU